AUGGAGGAGGACCAGGAAGAGGACCACGAUGACAACGACAAGGAAGACGAGGAGGACCUGGUGCUGGUGAAAGUGGAGCAGGCCGAGGGCGCAAGAAACAAAACUCCCAGUCUCAACAUUCAAGAAGGUCUUGUCGAGUCGAGCACAGACAACUUCAAAGCGGAGCCGCGAUUCCCCGAAGCCGAGCUGAUUUCAGCCAAUCAGAUUCAAGAACCCGCCCCGGGUUUGUCUGAGUCCGGUGGCGUUCAGAUGAAGAUCCCCGGUUCGUCUCUCUCUGGGCCUGACUUGGCUUUCUUUGAGCUGGAACCGUUCUUCUCGUGCUGGGCUCCGGACGAGGGCUCGACAGCGCCGCCCUGUGGGUCAGUCAGGGGAAACGCAUCCACGCAGAAGACUUUUAGUGGAGAAAGAAGACCAGCGAAAGGCCAGCCGCAGCCCAGGGCUUCACAAGGUCUGUCUUCCAUCCAGAUCCAGGCGGUUCACUCCAGAUGGACUCCAGCCGCGAUGAGAAACACACACUCUCUCCCCAACAACACAACACAGCAACAAACACACGCAAACAUCCACGACCUGACUCUGAGCCCCUCCUCCGCCCCGUCCACCAGCGCGGCUUCAAACCAAAUGUUCCAGUUCCUCACCACCCCCCCACGGCAAGGCGGGAAAAAGUUCAUCUGCAAAGUCUGCGGCAAACCCUUUCCCGCGCUUUGGAACCUGUCCAUCCACCAGAGAGUGCACACGGGGGAGCGGCCGUUCAAGUGCGACACGUGCGGCAGACGAUUCGCCGAAGCGGGGAAUCUGAAAAAGCACCAGCGAGUUCACACCGGGGAGAAGCCCUACAGCUGCAACCAGUGUGGGAGGAGCUUCGCCUGGAUCUGUAACCUGAAGAAGCACCAGCAGUCGCCCUAUGGUUGUGUGCAGCAGCAGGCUAGGGCUUAA